UGGAAUGGCUGGUAAAUUAGCUGGAUACACUUUGUUCAUUACUGGUGCAAGCAGAGGAAUUGGCAAAGCAAUUGGGUUGAGAGCAGCCAGGGAUGGAGCUAAUGUGGUGAUUGCUGCUAAAACUGCUGAAGCUCAUCCUAAACUACCUGGGACCAUCUACACUGCUGCUAAGGAAAUUGAGGAUGCUGGAGGUAAAUGCCUUCCAUGUAUUGUGGAUGUAAGAGAUGAAGCUAUGGUGGAAAAAGCAGUGAAGGAAGCGGUUAGCACAUUUGGUGGUAUUGAUAUACUUGUGAACAAUGCAAGUGCCAUCAGUUUAACUGGAACUGAGGUUACAAAAAUGAAAACAUAUGACCUCAUGAAUCAAGUCAACACACGUGGUACCUAUCUAUGUUCAAAAGUUUGCGUUCCACACUUGCUGGAUUCAAAGAAAAGAGGAAAGAGCCCUCACAUUCUUAACAUCAGUCCCCCACUGUCAAUGAAACCAAUGUGGUUCAAGAACCAUACAGCCUACACCAUUGCUAAAUAUGGAAUGUCUAUGUGUGUCUUGGGUAUGGCAGCGGAAUUUGAAGAAAGUGGAAUUGCAGUAAAUGCACUGUGGCCCAAAACAGCUAUUCUUACUGCUGCCAUGGAAAUGUUGGGAGGUAAAGAUGUCUCAAGCCAGUGCCGAAAACCAGAAAUAAUGGCAGAUGCUGCUUAUGCGAUUCUUAAGCAAGAAACUUUAUCAACUGGAAAAUUCUUCAUUGAUGAUGAGGUGUUGGCUAAGGAAGGUGUCACUGAUUUUGAUCAAUAUGCAGUAGAACCAGGCAAGCCUCUUAUUUUGGAUUUCUUUCUGGAAGACAACGAAGCUGAUUUUAAAGGUCAAGAAGCUGAUUUCCAAGGUCAAAUAGAAAAAGCAAAGGCUGCAAGCAAAGGAGGAGAAAUUGUCGGUAUUUUCAAUAAUAUUAAAAAUGCUCUAAGCACAGAGCUGGUUGCACAGACCAAAGGAGUUUUCAAGUUUGAGAUUAAAGAUGGAGAUGCAGUUGAAACUUGGGUGCUUGACUUAAAGAAUGGUGAAGGUAAAGUGACGAAGGGAGAUGGAGAUUCAGAUGUUGUGAUGAAGAUGGCAUCCUCCGACUUUGUGAGUAUGUUUCAGGGAAAACUUAACUCCACAGCUGCAUUCAUGCAAGGGAAACUGAAGAUUGAUGGAAACAUGAUCCUGCCUAUGAAGUUAGAACACCUCAUGACCAAGAUGCAAAAAGCAAAGUUAUAAGAAUGAGAUUAACCAAAUUUCUAUUGUUGUUCUAGAAACAGAAACCUUGUUAUGCAAGAAUAUUUAUUGUACUAAUUUCAAAAAAUGUUUUUUCCCUAAUUCUGACAGUUCAUUGUUAAUUUAUUUCAUGCUUUUCAUCAACAUAAACUUACGGAAAAAAACAAAAAUUAUUUGCUGCUGAAGUUGAAUAAUGCAGCAAAUGUUGAUUGUAGCGUAGAGUUGUUGUUCGAAAACUAAUUUGUAAUUCCGAACAACUGAAAUAAAACAAUGAAUCAA